AUGCCUCAAUUACAACCACAUCCUCAACCUCUCACAUCAAAUCCAAUAACCUCAUCUCGUCUUACGCAAAUAACACAUCACAUAAACACCAUGCCAAUCCCAACAUCCAUCACCCAACCCACAACCGAAACACCAUCAAACUCCUCAACCCAAGCAAAUGAAGUGACCUCCAAUGAGAUUCCUGCACGGGAAACUACUGAAAAGGGGGAAGAGGCAGAGGAAGAUAGAGGAGAAGGGAGACGGACUGGCAUGAGUGCUGAGGAGGCCGCGGAGAAGCUUUACGAGGAAAGGAUGGAGGACGAGUAUGCUAAGAGGGAGGGUGGUGCUUAA